AUGGCCCCCAGCGCAGAAUACGAAUUCCCCUCCUUCACCAACACCGUCCACCGCAGCGCCUACGAUGCCAUCUCCCCCACCAACCCCUCCAACUCCGCCUCCGGCAAAGUAAUCCUCAUCACAGGCGGCGGCAUCGGCGUGGGCCUCAACAUCGCCAAAGCCUACGUGCAAGCCGGCGCCAAAACCGUCGCGAUCCUCGGCCGACGAGAAAACGUCCUCGCCGACGCCAAGAAGGACCUCGAGAGCGCGGGCUCCUCCCAGAUCCUGACCUUCAAAGCGGACAUCGUCGACGAAGCCGCUCUCGAGAAGGCCUUCUCCUCCACCGCCCAGCAAGCCGGCGCCCCCAUCGACGUCGUCGUCGCUAACGCGGGAUACCUCAGCGAGCCCGGCCCCGCCGCGACCGCGGACCUGGGCGAUUACUUCAAGACCUUCGAGAUCAACAUCAAAGGCACGCUCCUCACCUUCCGCGCGUUCCUGAACCACCGCACCACGACCCACACCCCCGUCUUCAUCUCCCUCAACACCGGCGCCGCCCACAACGUCUUCCCGAACAUUUCCGCCUACAGCGCGUCCAAACUCGGGCAAGGCCAGCUCAUCGCGCACCUCGCCGUCGAGAACCCGGACGUGCGCGUCGUGUCCAUGCAUCCUGGCGUGUUGGCUUCGGAGAUGAACACCAAGUCCGGGAUGACGAUCUCGCGGGAUGAUAUGAGUCUGCCGAGUGGGUUUGCGGUGUGGUUGGCGAGUGGAAGGGCGAGUUGGACGAGUGGGAAGUUUUUGUGGGCGCAUUGGGAUGUGGAUGAGUUGGAGGAGUUGAGGGGGGAGAUUGAGGCGAAGGGGUUGUUGGGGUUGGGGUUGUUGGGGUGGCCGAGGGUGGAGAAGCCUAAGGUGGUUGUUUGA